ACAGGAAGCACCGAAUUUCUGGCGUUUCUAACAGAUAUCAGAAUUACAUGGGUUAAACAUCUCCGAAUAUGGAUAUUGUGAGUCUUUUAUCAAACAAAGCGAAAUAUAAAAACCACGACGGAAAGAUUUUAUUGGACAUUAUUCAGGGAGCAAGAGUGUGGUUAAGAGAGAAUGACCAGCAUCUUCCCUGCACUGUAUCCUCCUGCUCGGGCGGAGUCGUGGUGUUCACCACAGACUAUGGACAGGUCUACACCUACAAGCAGAACACCCUCACUCGGCAGAAGGUGAUGCCUAUGCACUCCAGCAGUUCUGAAGGAGUGGAGGACAUGGCAGGGCUGGCUGACCUUCAUGAUGGGGCCAUCAUGUACAAUCUGUUCCUCCGCUACCGGCAAAACAAAAUCUAUACAUACAUAGGCUCUAUCCUGGCAGCAGUGAACCCUUACCAGUUCAUUCCAAACCUGUAUGACCACCCUGCAGUGGAGCUCUACAGCAGACACCGCCUGGGGGAAAUCUCUCCCCACAUCUUCGCUGUCGCCAACGAGUGUUACCGCAGCCUGUGGAAGCGCCUUGAAAACCAGUGUGUCCUCAUCAGUGGAGAAAGUGGUGCUGGCAAGACAGAAAGCACAAAGUUGAUCCUCAAGUUCCUCUCCGCCAUGAGUCAACACUCACUGGAAGUCACUUCGAAGGAAAAAACAUCCCAUGUAGAACAAGCCCUUUUGGAAAGCAGCCCAAUCAUGGAAGCUUUUGGAAAUGCCAAAACUGUUUACAACAACAAUUCCAGCCGCUUUGGGAAGUUUGUACAGCUGAAUUUUUGCCAAAAGGGGAACAUUCAGGGAGGCAAAAUCGUUGAUUAUUUAUUAGAGAAGAACCGCGUGGUGAGACAUAACCCCGGUGAGAGAAACUAUCACAUUUUUUACGCUCUGCUGGCAGGAACCAAUGCAGAGCAAAGAGAAGCAUUUUAUCUGUCCCAACCUGACAGCUAUUAUUACCUUAAACAGUCUGGGUGCAUUGAAGACAAGACAAUCAAUGACAAAAACACUUUCCAUGAAGUUCUGAAUGCAAUGAAGACAAUGCAGUUCAGUGCAGAGAACAUCCAAGAAAUUCUUCGGCUCUUGGCUGGGAUUCUUCACAUAGGAAAUGUGGAGUUCAUGACGGCAGGCGGGGCACAGGUCUCCUCAAAAUCAGCUUUGGGCAGAGCGGCAGAGCUUCUUGGGCUGGACUCAGGACAGCUUGCUGAGGUGCUCACACACAGGUCCAUGAUUCUCAGGGGAGAGGAGAUCUCGACACCACUCACUGUGGAGCAGGCAGUGGACUCCAGAGAUUCCAUGGCUAUGGCACUUUAUUCCCAAUGUUUUACCUGGAUAAUAAGAAAACUCAACAGCAGGAUAAGAGGAAAGGAGGACUUCAAGUCAAUAGGGAUUCUGGAUAUAUUUGGAUUUGAAAACUUUGAGGUCAAUCGCUUUGAACAGUUCAAUAUAAACUAUGCAAAUGAGAAACUUCAGGAAUAUUUCAACAAGCACAUUUUUUCUUUGGAACAACUUGAAUAUAACAAGAUGCCUGAGCGGUUCGACCAGCCGGUGGUCCUCAACCAGCUGCGAUAUUCUGGAAUGCUGGAGACCGUGAGGAUUCGGCGAGCGGGGUUCCCUGUCAGGAGACCCUUUCAGGACUUCUACUUCAGGUACAAAGUACUGAUGAAGGACGUGACUCUUCCCGAAGACAUGAAGGGGAAGUGUGCUUGUCUCCUCCAUCUUUAUGACAGCACGAAGACUGAGUGGCAGCUUGGGAAAACAAAGGUGUUCCUCCGGGAGUCACUCGAGAACAAGCUGGAAAAGCAGCGGGAGGUGGAGGUGUACAAGGCAGCCAUGAUCAUCCAGGCACACAUCGUAGGCUACGUGGCACGGAAGCAGUAUCAGAGACUGCUGCAGUGCAUUGUGGUCAUCCAGAAAAACUACCGUGCGUUCUACUGGAGGAGAAGGUUCCUUCAUCUCCGCUGGGCCGCGCUGACCCUCCAGACACGAGCGAGGGGACACCUGGCCAGGAAGACCUACUAUCGGCUGCUGGAGGAAAGGAGAAAAAGGGAGGAGGAGGAGAGGCGACAGAGAGAGGAAGAAGAAGAGAGGGAGAGACAAAGGCUGGAAGCUGAACGUCUUGCACAGGAGGCCGAGGCAUCACGUCGCGCGGAGGAGGAGGAGGAGGAGGAGCGGGCAAGAGCCAAGGGGGCCGGGGUGAGGGAACAAAGGUGCCCGGACAGCACGCAGGUGGAGGAGAUCCUCCGGCUGGAGAGGGAGAUCCAGGAGCUGCAGCGGAAGAAGGAGCAGCAGGAGCUGUCCCUGACCCAGGCCUCCCUCCUGCGGCUGCAGCUCCUGCGGGACGAGGAGCUGCGGCGGCUGGAGGACGAGGCCUGCCGGGCGGCCCAGGAGUUCCUGGCGUCCCUGAACUUCGACGAGAUCGACGAGUGCGUGCGCGACAUAGAGAGCUCCCUCUCGGCGGGCGGGGGAGGGGGCGGCGUGAGCGGGAAGCCCAGCUUCAACUUCAGCCAGCCCUACCCCAGGGAGGAGGAGGAGGGGGAGGGGGAGGAGGAAGUGGACGAAGGCUUCGGAGCCGACGACGACGCCUUCAAGGACUCGCCCAACCCCAGCGAGCACGGCCACUCCGACGUGCGCACCAGUGGCAUCCGGACCAGCGACGACUCCUCCGAGGAGGACCCUUACAUGAACGACACGGUGGUCCCCACCAUCUCCGGCGCCGCCGACGCCCUGGCGCUGCCCGCGGCCCCGGGCUGCCAGAGCGGCUCCAACAGCGGGGACUCGGCCUACUGCAUGCCCGAGAACCUGGGUCUCAUGGCGCAGGACUCCGUGGAGCUCAUCCCGCCCAACGAGGACUCCGAUUACGAUCAGGAUGACUACGAUGAGGGGGCCAUUGUGUCGGGCAGCAGCGUGGCUUUUUCCAACCCCCACAGCGGGCAGUGGUCCUCAGAUUACCGCUGCUCUGUGGGCACCUACAACAGUUCUGGAGCAUAUCGCUUCAGCUCGGAGGGAGCCCAGUCCUCGUAUGAAGACAGCGAGGACGACUUUGACAGGUUUGACACAGACGAUGAGCUCUCUUACCGGCGAGACUCUGUCUACAGCUGUGUCACCCUGCCCUAUUUUCACAGCUUCCUCUAUAUCAAAGGUGGCCUGAUGAACACGUGGAAGCGGCGCUGGUGUGUGCUGAAGGACGAGACCUUCCUGUGGUUCCGCUCCAAGCAGGAGGCGCUGAAGCAGGGCUGGCUGCACAAGAAGGGGGGCGGCUCCUCCACCCUCUCGCGCCGCAACUGGAAGCGGCGCUGGUUCGUGCUGCGCCAGAGCAAGCUCAUGUACUUCGACAGCGACGGCGAGGAGAAGCUCAAGGGCACGCUCGACGUGCGCUCUGCCAAGGAAAUUAUUGAUAACACCGGAAAGGAGAAUGGAAUAGAUGUGGUUAUGCCGGAGCGCACCUAUCACCUCAUUGCUGAAUCUGCUGAAGACGCGAGUCAGUGGUUCAGCGUCCUGAGUCAGGUCCAUGGCUCGACAGAGCAGGAGAUCCGGGAAAUGCAUGACGAGCAGGCCAACCCCCAGAAUGCAGUGGGAACCCUUGAUGUAGGACUUAUUGAUUCAGUGUGUGCUUCUGACAAUCCUGAGAGGCCAAACUCGUUUGUGAUCAUCACCGCCAACCGCGUCCUGCACUGCAAUGCGGACACGCCGGAGGAGAUGCACCACUGGAUAACGUUGCUGCAGCGGUCGAAAGGAGACACGAGAGUGGAGGGGCAGGAGUUCAUCGUGAGAGGAUGGCUCCACAAGGAGAUGAAGAACAGUACAAAGGCCUCACUGAAACUAAAAAAACGUUGGUUUCUGCUGACACACAAUUCUCUGGACUACUACAAGAGCUCGGAGAGAAACGCAGUAAAGCUAGGAACCCUGGUUCUUAACAGCCUCUGCUCUGUGGUCCCACCCGACGAAAAGGUCUUCAAAGAAACAGGCUAUUGGAAUGUGACGGUGUACGGCCGUAAGCACUGCUAUCGUCUGUACACCAAACUUCUGAAUGAGGCUACGCGCUGGUCCAGCACUAUCCAGAAUGUCAUCGAUACCAAAGCUCCCAUUGAUACUCCUACACAGCAGCUCAUUCAAGACAUAAAGGAGAACUGCUUGAAUGCGGAUGUAGUUGAGCAGAUAUACAAGAGGAACCCCAUCCUCCGCUACACUCACCAUCCUCUCCACUCACCACUCCUGCCACUCCCGUAUGGGGACAUCAGCUUAAACUUGCUGCAAGACAAGGGCUACACCACGCUCCAGGACGAGGCUGUCAAAGUCUUCAACUCCCUGCAGCACCUGGAGUCGGCUGGAGACCCCAUCCCCAUCACUCAGGGCAUCCUGCAGACCGGCCACGACCUGCGGCCCCUCCGGGACGAGCUGUACUGCCAGCUGAUCAAGCAGACCACCCGGCCGGCCCAGCCUGGGGGCGUGGGCAACCUGCGCGCCUGGCACAUCCUGGCCUGCAUGAGCUGCACCUUUACCCCCUCGCGGGGCAUCCUCAAGUACCUCAAGUUCCACCUUAAGAGGACUCGGGAGCUCUUCCCGGGGACAGACAUGGAAAAGUAUGCAGCCUUCACUUACGAGUCUCUGAAAAAGACCAAGACGCGGGAGUUUGUGCCAUCCCAGGAGGAAAUAAAAGCUAUCAUCAGCAGGCAGGAAAUGACGACCACUGUGUACUGCCAUGGAGGAGGCUCCUGCAAGAUCACCAUCAACUCCCACACUACUGCUGGAGAGGUGGUGGAGAAGCUUAUCCGCGGUUUGGCGAUGGAAGACAGCAGGAACAUGUUUGCUCUGUUUGAGCACAAUGCCACUAUCGACAAGGCCAUUGAGAGCAGGACUGUUGUUGCCGAUGUCCUGUCCAAAUUUGAAAAGCUUUCAGGAAACCAGGAAGAAAGUAACAAGGGUUGGAAAUUUUAUUUCAAACUCUACUGCUUCUUGGAUACGGAUAAUGUGCCUAAAGACAGUGUGGAAUUUGCAUUCAUGUUUGAACAGGCCCACGAAGCGGUCAUUCGAGGCCACUACCCGGCCCCCGAGGAGACCCUCCAGUUCCUGGCGGCCCUGCGGCUGCAGUACCUGCUGGGGGACUUCAACGCGCAGGCCUCCGUCCCCGAGAUGGAGCAGGUCUACCCCAUGAGCCGGCUGCGGGCGCGCAUCCACCAGUCCACCAAGACCUUCGCCCCGGCGGCCGAGCGGGCAGAGAAGAAGCGGGCCAGCUUCCUGGAGGGCACCCUGCGCAGGAGUUUCCGGAGCGGCUCGGUCAGCAGGCAGAGGCUGGAGGAGGAGCAGAUGCUGGAGAUGUGGGUGAAGGAGGAGAUCGUCGCGGCCCGCACCAACGUCCUCGAGAAGUGGAAGAAGCUCCAGUCCAUGACCCAGGAGCAAGCCAUGGUGAAGUACAUGGCCCUGGUGAAGGAGUGGCCCGGUUAUGGAUCCACUCUGUUUGAGGUGGAGUCCAGGGAAGGUGGAUUUCCAUCGGAGUUGUGGCUGGGAGUCAGUGCAGAAGCCAUCUCUUUGUACAAGCGUGGGGAACCCAGGCCUCUGGAAGUCUUCCAGUAUGAACACAUCUUAUCUUUUGGAGCUCCACUUCCAAACAUGUAUAAAAUCGCAGUGGAGGACAGAGAGCUUCUUUUCGAAACUAGCCAGGUGGUCGAUGUUGCCAAGCUGAUGAAGGCCUACAUCAGCAUGAUUGUGAAGAAGCGCUACAGCACGACCCGAUCAGUCAGCAGCCAGGGCAGCCAGUGCAGCAGCAGAUGAAGAUGCACUUUGACCUGCCUGACCUUGCUUUCUAGGGGAGAACUGGUGCAGUGGCUGCCCCUCUUCUGCUAUCCUUCCUCAGGCCUCAUGCAAAACUGUGCAAACUGUGCAUCAAAAACACAGCCUAUUUCUGGACACGUACUGGCAAUACCUUUUUUAAUCAGAGUUAAUUUAAUACAGAACUAAGGUAUUUAGACCUAUGUUAUUAAAAAAACUAGGGUAACUGUGAAGUCUUUUGAUUUCUCACCUACAGUAUGUAAGCUGCUGGCUUUAUGGCACUAUUCCACUUCAAAUUACUGAAGAAAUGGAAAGAAAGGCUAAUGUUUUGCGUGUGACACGGUUGUUUGUAUAACAGGAAAGUCUAGUUUGACAGUAUCUCAGCCAGCAGAAUGUCCACAGAUUGACAGUCAGAUGGAGAGGAGAAACCAUUUUCCAAGGUGCCUGACACACUGCAUUGUCUGUCUUAAAGUUAUGUCUGUGGAAGUCUAAGAAAUGUUAAAAAAUGUAUUAUGUUCCAAAGCUUUACUAAUUUCUGAAGAAUUGUGAGAAUCCAACAUUGCCAGCAAUGUAGCCGUUACAAAAGUGCCUUAUUUGUCUAUCUAAACAUUGUAUGCUUAAUUCUCUCAGUGGAGGAGAGAAGCUCUUUUCUUGAGCACUUACAAAUUUAAGUGAAAGACUUCUGAUUUGCAAGCCAAGUGCUCCAUGUGGUAGUGAUUGAAAAGGUGCUGUAUUCCUCACCCUGUUGGUAACAUUUCAGUAGAGGGCUGCUGGCAGCCUUUUCCCCAAAGAAGCUAAGGAUAUCUAUUGUUUAUCCUGUGCCUUUUUUUGUAAAAUAUGUACACUUACUUUGUAAGCUAUAUUUGUUUUAAAGUUUUAUAUAAUCAAUGGUUGUAUAUUUCUAGACAGAAAAUUUAGCUGAACUGUGAUUCGAGGCAAUUAUUCAGAAACUACGUAGCUCCUCUCUUUAACUGAAAAGAAAGUUUCAUCUGCUUUAGAAGAGUAACAUCAGCAAUAUACUGUAAAUGACAGCAAUGACUAUUACAUGUAUUAUCUGUGUUAUAUUGUUAAAGAACAUGUCCUUAACAAGCCAUUAAAUGCAUAUUUAUCUUCAAUUAAUGUUUUUUUACUUGUACAAACUGUAAAGUAAAAAAAAUGUACAGUUAAUGUUUAAAACACAAUAUGAGAAAUUUCAGCAGCAGUUCCCCUCAGACUUCUGUUAUUUUCACUAGAUAGCUUACUUUACAAGAAAAUUACUAAGAUUGGAAUGAUGUCCUCUGCUCUACUUUGUGUACAUUGUUUUCCAAAAAAAGAUCCAAUCAACUUGAAGGUGUACAGUAAGUGCAUGUGGAGCUCUAUAAUAUAGUGAACAGUUUUAAGCACUAAAAUAAUUUAAUUGAUUACAAAAUGCACCAGUUUAUAGCCUUAUAACGUACAACUCAAAUCGUUGCUUUAGUCAGAACUGCACACAUUUUUUUUAGUUAAACUGGAAGGACAGCAGGGGAACUCUGUACUCAGGCAAGAUGUUCCUACCUUAAAAGCAUUUACAGUUAUAAAAAAGAUCAAUAUAGUUCUGACUUUUGAUAGUGAUCGAACAGUACAGUAUUGUUGCAUACAUCAGUGCUUUACCUGAGCCUUAAGUACAAACCCCAGCAGUGUAAAACCUAGAAGAUAAACAUAAGAUAUAAAGGGCUGCAUUCAUACAGUUUUUAAGUCGUAAUUUGUAUCUGCCUAGUAAGAAAACAAAACAGUAAAGGUUGUCUCUUUUAAGGUGUUAAUUCAAGAGUUCUGCAGGCAGAUAAAUAUUUCUUUCUGCUUUUGUAACAUGUGGAGUUAACAUUUGGAGUGCAGUAAGCUCAGCAUGGUGGAAAGACUGUGAUAAAUAUGGCCCAGAAUCAAUUUGGAAAGGGAACGCACUUGUUUUGUAACUUGACUACUAAUUAGAAACAAGAUCUCCAGUUAAUGUAGGUGGCAGCAUUUACAGAAAAAGUCCUUAAAAACAUUUUCAAGAAAUGCACGUCUGUUACAGUAUGUAGUCUACUUCAGGAAUUUCAAAAUUGUUCAUGUGCUGCAGUACCUCACAUUAUGAGGCUCCUGUUUGGGUGAACAUGCUUCUCUCACACAGUUCAUACUGAACUAUGCAGCCAGAUUACAUCACUGACUCCAGUCCUAAGACUUUUCUCUUUUGAAGGUGGUUGAUACUAACGAAGAGAUGGCAGAUUUGCAUAAAUGAAUUAUACAGUGAUUCAGAAUGUGAGAAAAUAGACAAGAACACAGCAUCUUAGAUCUGCUUAUUUGUAAUUACAGUAAGUAAUGACUUUAAGCUU